UCUGAGCUGGUGUAACCUAACUAGCUAGAGGAUAUGCAAUUCCUGAUUGACAGCAGGACCAGCAGUAUGCAGAUUCUGUAAGGGAGAACACCCAGCUCUGUUAGGAACCACUGCAUUCACCCCGCCUGUCUUCUGGUUUUCGAGUCUGCUAGAUUUGUAAACAAAUAGCACAAAACAGUCCCUCUUGUUUUUAUUAAAGUGAUACUGCAGUGCUGCUUCAGCCCUUCAGCCAGGCAUGCACGUGUGGAAAUGUGAUAUUCUCACCACAUUAGCUAAUUCUAAGCUGUGUUUCAUGCUUAUCUCUAGACCUUUGUGCAUCGAAUCCUAUCUCGAGCUGCUCUCUUUAUACACAAGAGUGUUUUGCUUGUGCUUUCCUGUCUUCUGUGAGAAGCUUUAUGUAGGUCAGGCUUGGCUUAAGCAGCUUUCCCAAACCUGCGUCAGCUUAAGCUGGAGGAAUUUUAAUAAGCCCUCCCCUGUAGGCGUGGGCCUAAAUGAGGCUAGCCUAGUUAAGCCUGAGCUUUCUGUCUGUGAAAAGAGCUGAGCAGAGCUGAGAGCUGCAUGGUGGUUUCAGAAACUGCCUUCUUAAUUUCAAAAGAACAAUGGUAGGAAAAGCUAGAUCUUCCAAUUUUACCUUAUCUGAAAAGCUUGAUUUGCUAAAUCUUGUGAAGCCAUAUGUAAAAAUUCUCGAAGAACACACUAAUAAGAAUUCAGUAAUAGUGGAAAAGAAUAGAUGUUGGGAUGUCAUAGCAGUUAACUACAAUGCAAUUGGAGUAGACCGCCCUCCUCGAACAGCUCAGGGCCUACGCAGCCUUUACAAAAGGCUCAAAGAAUAUGCCAAACAGGAGCUAUGGCAGCAGAAGGAGGCCCAGGCAGACUUUAAAAGCAAUAUUUCCGAGCCAACCAAGAAAGUUAUGGAGAUGAUUCCCCAGAUUUCCAGCUUUUGCCUGAUAAGAGACAGGAGCUACACACAAAGUGCAAACUUGGAUGAGGCUGCCCAAGCUGGUACCAGUUCACUGCAGGUAAUGGUGGAUCACCAUCCUGUUGCUAUUACUGUAGAGGUGAAGCAAGAAGAGGAUGUUAAACCGUCUCCUCCACUGGUUUCCAAUCCUCAGCACAAUAAUACUUUAGAACAAAGAGAAGAGCAUGAAUUAAUGCAUGUUCUGGAAGGAUCCCUGUCUCCAUCACUUUCUUCUGUUGAUAUGAGAAUGACAUCAUCUCCGUCUUCUAUUCCAAGGAGAGAUGAUAUUUUUCAUCAUGACAAUGGAGAACACUUUAGGUCUCUGCUAAGAUGUGACCCUCAGGUCCUGCAGAUGUUAAAAGAAGAGCAUCAGAUAAUUUUAGAAAAUCAAAAGAAUUUUGGAUUAUAUGUUCAGGAGAAGAGGGAUGGAUUGAAAAGAAGGCAGCGGCUGGAGGAGGAGCUGCUAAGAGCAAAGAUUGAAGUAGAGAAGCUGAAAGCAAUUCACUUACGGCACAAUCUGCCUGAGUAUAGUAGUCUCUAAGAAUGUCUUUCAGUCUUACGAUGUGAUAGUUUUAAUUUUGUCAGAGUUAUUUUAAUUUUGGAGUUAUCAUGAAGCUCAGCACAUUUCCUAUAAAAAUGUUAUUAUUCUCUUUCUUACAAAAAAGCUUUUGACAUAAUUUUCUUUUCCUUUUUGA